AUGCUGUCGGGUGUACUUGCCGCGCUGUAUCGAAAUCUUACGAGACACCGCCGUCCGGUAUCGCUUUAUGGCUUUCUAGCCCUCACCGUCCUCCCCGCGUUACUGCCCGUUCUUUCCGCCCGGGAUAAAGCCAUUGUCACCUCCGCAGAGGCUCUAGUCAGCAAAGAAUUAUGGUAUACUGUACUGGUUGCGGGGCUCCUCGGCGCCAUCGGCGCUGUCCUUCAAAGUGUUUUGUAUGGAACUGUGACGUUACUGCCGGGAGGCAAGUGCACGACUGCGUUCACAGCCGGUGGUGGCGUUGCAAGCUUGCUAUUGUGUGCCCUACGCAUAUUCAGCCGUCUCCUUCUAGAUGGCGAUACAGCAGAUUCCUUGUUGGCAUUGAAGCCUGGUUUUAGUGCUUUUUUCAUCACAUGCUCAGCACUUUGCGGUACGUGCGUGAUUGUGUUUCUAUGUUUGGAUAGACAAAACUCCUUUUACAAAGAGCACGUGUCUCCCGCGGACGCGAGGCAAGAAGUGAUGAUCUCGAAAUCCUUUCGGGAAAACCUGAGAGGCACGCGCUUAAUUUUGGAAGAGAUUUCUAGACCUGCGUGGUGCGCUUUCAUAUCCUUUGUUAUCACGUUGGCCCUUUUCCCUGGCAUCAUGGUGCAAAUUCCAGUGCCAUUGAGAGCGACUGUCACAUCAACGCUGAGUUCGUGGUAUCCACUUCUCGUCGUCUCUUUGUUCGCAGUCGGAGAUACUGUAGGCCGAGCAGGACUGACAGAGCAGAUCGCGUUGCGCUUUCCGACUCUUCUCCCGCUCUUGACGCUCGCGAGAGUAAUAUGCGUUCCACUGUACUUAGCGCAGUGGAUUGGGUUGAUCCCAGUCAAUUGGAUAAUAGUAAUGACUGGUGUUGUCUUACUUGGUGUGGGAAAUGGUGUCAUUAUUACUCUAGCAUUUCUGUGGGUGCCGUCCCUGACAUCACUUGAGAACAGAGAAGUCGCUGGACGCCUAAUGUUUGUCAUGCUUAUCUGCGGCAUGUCGUGUGGGAAUGCUUUAGGUUGGUUAGUGGAGACCAUGUUGAGACGCACAACUGGAUUUUAA